AUGAACACAGAUGUUCGGAAUAUAUGUUCAGGGAGAGAGCUGAAGGCAAGUACCGUGGUGGUGGAGUUCCUCUGUUGGCCAACUUCUGUCUCCUCCACAUCAGCAUGUCCGGUCUGUCUAUACUCUUAUUACAUGGCUUUGGUUCAGGAUGUUCAUGCUGUGCCUGCUGUCAACCACGUUCACUGCCAGACUUUUCUUGUGAAAGAGCCUGUAUGCCUAACGCAGUGCAGGCACUCUGUUAUGGCAGCCCUCUGCUCCACCAUCAUUUCAGCACAUUUCAUGGGGUUGCCUUCUUUUGAGAGCCCUGCUGUCCGCCAGCCACGUGUUUUAGAGGAAUGGCAGCAGAUGGUAGCUGAAGCAAUGGUGAUGGCCGGUAGAGGCUACCCAAGGCCUGCAACUCCCCAUUUCCAUCACUGCGCAGGAUGUAACACUGCUGCGUGGCGUCCACUGUCUGCUCCCGCCUCCGCUGGAUGUUUGAUUCUGCGACCACUGUCUGGGCAAAUUUCCAGAGAGUCUUCAAAGGGGAAGUCCAAUGUCCCGCAAAACCUGUGA